GCGAGGCCACAGCGGGGAGCCAGAGGCCUGCGGCAGCCGGGAAGACUCGCUACCUCUCCUGAGGGCUCCGAAGAGGGUAGAGGCGCGGGCUCGCUGCCCCCAUAGAGCGGGAACGGUGGCAACCGACUCUCCUCUCGGGCCUGGGGCUAUUCCUUCCGCCACGGCGUCUCAGAGGCCACAGCACGGAAACCCUCCGGCGGGGCCGAGGCGGAAUGCGGCCGGCAGCGGCCCGGUGAGGCCCCGCCGCCUCCGCGCCUCUCACCUCAGCCAUCGCCUCAGCCCUCCGCGCCUCUCACCUCAGCCGCUGCCCCCGCGGGACCGGCGCGCUGGCCGCCGAUUGGCUGCAGGUGUUCUCCUACCCCUUCCUCCCUCGCUUUUGAUUGGCUGAGAUGCUCCUACUCCUCAGCUGGAUUGAAAAUCAUCUGGAAGAGAAACGUGUAUUUCACGUGUGAAGCUGUUCACUGUAGAAUUAAAGGAGUUAUCUGUCUCGAAUGAACUUAUUUCUAUAUAUUUAUAACUUCAUUUAGACUGAUAAAUACAGGCCAUGCCUAGCAGAAUGGGCUCAAAAAUUGAUUUGAACAAAGACUUCAUCAAAGUGAAAACACACUAUAGAGGCGACAUCUUGAUAACAAACUUGGAUGCAUCAAUCAGCUAUGAUGAACUUUGUGAUGAAGUGCAUGAGAUGUGUAAUUUACAACAGGAACAGCCGAUUACCCUCAAGUGGAUUGAUGAUGAAGGUGACCCAUGUACCAUCUCAUCUCAGAUGGAACUGGAAGAAGCCUUCCGUUUGUAUUGUCAAAACAGAGAUGAAGGGCUGAUUAUUCAUGUUUUCCCAAGUAUUCCAGAGAAGCCAGGCAUGCCUUGUCCAGGAGAAGACAAAUCAAUCUACCGCCGUGGAGCCAGAAGAUGGAGGAAGCUGUACCGAGUGAAUGGGCAUUUGUUUCAAGCCAAACGUUUUAACAGAAGAGCGUAUUGUGGCCAGUGCAGUGAAAGGAUAUGGGGGCUCGGAAGGCAAGGCUACAAGUGUAUCAACUGCAAAUUGUUGGUCCAUAAGCGUUGUCAUAUACUUGUUCCACUGACCUGCAAAAAGCAUAUGGAUUCGGUCAUGCCUACCCAGGAACCUCGGUUAGAUGAUAAAAAUGAUGAAGUUGACCUCCCUUCAGAAGAAACUGAUGGAAUUCCCUACAUUCCUUCAAACCGGAAACACGACACUAUUAAAGAUGACUCUGAGGAUAUCAAACCAGUCAUUGAUGGAAUGGAUGGAAUUAAGAUCUCUCAGGGGCUUGGACUACAGGACUUUGAUUUAAUCAGAGUUAUCGGCCGUGGAAGUUAUGCCAAAGUUCUUUUAGUACGGUUAAAAAAGAAUGAUCAAAUAUAUGCUAUGAAGGUAGUGAAGAAAGAAUUGGUCCACGAUGAUGAGGAUAUUGAUUGGGUACAGACAGAGAAACAUGUGUUUGAACAGGCAUCCAGUAACCCAUUCCUAGUUGGUUUACAUUCAUGCUUUCAAACAACAAGUCGAUUGUUUCUUGUCAUAGAGUAUGUAAACGGGGGAGACCUCAUGUUUCAUAUGCAACGGCAAAGGAAGCUGCCUGAAGAACAUGCCAGGUUUUAUGCUGCUGAAAUUUGUAUUGCUCUAAACUUCCUACACGAAAGAGGCAUAAUCUACAGAGAUUUAAAACUAGACAAUGUUCUUUUAGAUGCAGAGGGUCAUAUCAAAUUAACGGAUUAUGGCAUGUGCAAGGAAGGUUUGGGCCCUGGUGACACUACAAGCACUUUCUGCGGGACACCAAAUUAUAUUGCACCAGAGAUCCUCAGAGGAGAAGAGUAUGGGUUCAGCGUGGACUGGUGGGCGCUGGGUGUGUUGAUGUUUGAAAUGAUGGCGGGAAGGUCUCCCUUCGAUAUAAUCACUGACAAUCCAGACAUGAACACUGAAGAUUACCUCUUCCAAGUUAUUCUUGAGAAGCCCAUCCGGAUUCCAAGGUUUCUGUCUGUCAAGGCUUCCCAUGUGUUAAAAGGAUUUUUAAACAAGGAUCCCAAGGAAAGGCUCGGGUGUCAGCCCCAGACGGGAUUCGCCGAUAUCAAGUCUCACACGUUUUUCCGCAGCAUAGACUGGGACCUGCUGGAAAAGAAGCAAACAACCCCUCCCUUUCAACCUCAGAUCACAGAUGACUAUGGUCUGGAUAACUUCGACACACAGUUCACCAGCGAACCCGUGCAGCUAACCCCGGACGAUGAAGAUAUAAUAAAGCGGAUAGAUCAGUCAGAAUUUGAAGGAUUUGAAUACAUUAACCCAUUGUUGCUGUCAACAGAAGAAACAGUAUGAAGGAAUGACAUCUUCGUUGUGGACAAUGUGAAUGACCUUUAAAUUUACCCUUAACUACAGUAUAUGCAUGCGAGGCUGGGGAACUGUAAGAUUUUGGAUGGAGACCAAUGAUUUAAAAAAAAAAAAAUUGCUGCUGAAAAUCAAAGAAGAGAAAUAAUGAUUUUGGUGGGUGUCUUCUGCCACUUAGUGAUUCGUAAGUUCUGGGCACUGACACAACUGGCUUCAUUAAUGAAGGAAUUUGCAUUUUGUGCCUGUUUCAUGAAGGAUUGAAACGUUCAUUGCAUCCCUGGAAAAGGAGACUCUGAACGACUUUGAGAACUACACACUUUCUACAAACAUUUGAUGCAAUGAGCUACCAAUUGAAGAAUAUUACAGUGUAACAUCCUGAAGAAUAAAAUAUAUUACGGUGGUGUUGAAGCUUAUUUUUGAUGCCUUUUUUCACAAGUGGUACCUGUCUAAAUGUCUCAGAUAUAUUUAAAAGGAGUUGUGUUUUAUUAGCAAUCAAAACAUAAAUUUGGGUACAAGAUUUAAGUGCCUAAAUGGACAAACUACAUUGAAGAAUUAUUACAUAUUUGGAACAUUCUUAAACCUGGUAAGUUCUGCUUGUUAAUAUUAAGUAACCAUUUGCAUACGAAACGUACAGUUCAGAGCUGCAGCCUAAUGUUCGUUUGCAUCUUUAUAGAAUUUGGAAUGCAGAGUGACUCAGCAAUAUUAAUUCCAAAUUAGAAUUUACAGUAUCAAUUUCGAAAUCUGUUGUUUUAAACUCCAAAUUUACCAAAAUGUAUAGAUUGAAGAAAACUAAAUUUGCACACAGAGGAUUUCUGAAUAUACUUAAGCAGUGCCUACACCUACAGUGAUGUUGUGUUGUAUAUUAGAUUUUUGAAAAGUAUUUUUAUCAACAAUACAAAUAUUCAGAAAUAGAGCAAAAGCAUAAUAAAGCAUAGCCUUAAAGUUUAAAUAGCGAAUCUAGAAUAACCAUGAUAUAAAAUACAGUUUCCUGAUAAAGCACACCUCCUACUUAUGAUAAACUGUCUGCUUACAAUUACUCAGUGUGUAUUAAUAACUAAUCAUUCUACAUAAGAGAAUGGGAUGUUUUGGUAAAAUGAUUUGCAUCAAAGUAGUAAACUUUUUUUCAUGGAAGAAAAAUGAAAUACCUAAGAAAUAGGAUAAAGCGCACGAUAACUAUCAAAUCCCUUCUCAUGGAAAGGGGGGUGGGAGGGGGGUGUCGGGGCCGGGGAAGGGUGUGUGUAACGUCGCAAACACAACUUCCCAGCUGGGGACAGCUCCUGUGGCUGCAUUUGAGGAUGAGUCAUUGCGUUGCUACUGCCCCUUCAGCUGCCUGGGCAGAGACCCCCCACCUCCGGCCCCCACAGCACCACAGGCAGGGGCCCUUGGCUGGAUUUUGGUUGAACUCUACUGGGGGGGGCUGUAGAAAUUGGGGGUGGGAUGGGGAGGGAGGGCGGAAAUCAUGCGGGAAGGAAAAAAGGAGAAACCCUGUGCCAUGACAUCUCACCUGAUUUGGUGUAAAAUGCAGGAUAAAUUGCAACGCUUUCACUUUCUUUACAUUAACAUAUGGUUUUCUCAGGGUACAGCAUUGCAUUAGGUGCUGAACAUGACAUCUUUCGGAUUCACAUCCAAGUCAUGAGGUGCUAGGACGAGACUGCCAAAACAUUGUUUAAAACUUUCAAUUAAUCAUUGAUUAACAAUCUACACGGUGUAUCCCCUCAUUAGCCACAAUUAUGCAGACCUGUGGUUAGUUAGUUAUAUUAAUCCCAUUCAGAUUUAAGUUGUGGGUUUCUCUCCGUUGGACUGUAGCUUUUCAUAUUAAGCAAAAUGUGUUUUAAUCAGCACUAAAUAAUUUAACCAGUAAGAAGUAUUUGCCUCAAAUGCCUGGACUUUAGAUACUUUAUUAUCUACUAAAGGAAACAUUUACAUUUUAAAUGUAAUCUGACAUUUUUUAAUUACUCCUUUUUUUUUCCCUUCUCCCUGGCAGUUCCUUUGUUUAUCCUGAAUAAUUUUUCUUUCAGUGUUUCCAGCUCCCCUGGUAAUAAACUAAUUAAUAGUUAUCAGAGUGACUGCAGGCAGCUCCUGAAUGGAAAUACGACAGAUUAAGCUGUCCUUUGACACGCCAGGGCAUAGGACUCGAAAAUGGAAAUAUUAAACCUAUGGGUUGGGGGUUUUUUUUAACCUUUUUUCUAGGUUUCAGAACACUUUGGGAGGGAGGGAAGGAAGAACAGAAAGACACAUUUGCUAAACAAACAUUGUAAAGACUACUUGAUUUUAUUUAAAAAUUUACAGGCAUUUACAAUGUUGCUGUGUUGCCAAAUAGUUUGCUGGAUACAAGUUUGGUUGCUCAUGUGCAAGUGUUUGAAUAAUGUUCUGUUCAUGAUGAAGGGGAAAUUUUUUAUAUAAAGUACUUGUUUUAUAAAUAAAAGAAAAUGAAGGAUGUAAUUAAAUGUGUGGUUUGGAAAAAAAAAUCCUAAUAUAUUACAAAUGGAUCUGGUAAUGAUAUAUAGUUGUCUUAUUUGAAAUAGUAAAUGAAAAUUCUAGCUAAUUUAAUGAUUGUAAAACAGUAAAUAUGUUCUUGUAGUUUUGUAUAAUUAAUUAGUUGGGAUCUUUGCUGACCAGUUUUAAUUGUGCAGAAGAUGGUAUACUAAUCCAUAACAGCUAAGAUCAUUUAUAUUCUUGCACAUCUAUUAAAGACUUUAAUGAAAAA